AUUCCCGAUGUAGAUCAGGGAAGGGAGUCACGCUUCACUUGUCGUGUUUGGUUCAAAGAGGCAAUCCGUAGGUUGAACGGGGCCCAACUUUUCGUAAACUGUCCAGACCAGAGGGCUAUCGCCUUCCAAUACAAUCAGCUCAGUAUCAGGCUCUCUCAGUACUUGACCACGGGGAAGGCAGUACCUUGGUCUAGCUGA